GCGGGCGGCCCCGGCCAUGCGGAGCCAGGACGGGAGGAGGCGGCGGUGCCGGUGCCGGUGGCCGAGCAGGGGCCUGCCUAGGCUGCGGCGGGGCCCCAUGGGCCUGGGGAGGCCGGCGGGCCCCCGGGGUAGGGUAGGGUAAGGGUCCGGGGGUGCCCCCCCCCCCCCCGCCCCGCCGCCAUGUACACCUUCGUGGUGCGGGACGAGAACAGCAGCGUCUACGCCGAGGUCUCCCGGCUCCUCUUGGCCAGCGGGCAGUGGAGGCGGCUCAGGAAGGACAACCCCCGCUUCAACCUGAUGCUGGGCGAGAGGAACCGGCUCCCCUUCGGCAGGCUGGGCCACGAACCCGGACUUGUGCAGCUGGUGAAUUACUACAGGGGAGCAGACAAGCUGUGCCGCAAAGCAUCCCUGGUGAAGCUAAUCAAGACAAGCCCUGAGCUAUCAGAGUCCUGCACGUGGUUCCCCGAGUCCUAUGUGAUUUACCCAACAAACCUGAAGACCCCCGUGGCCCCAGCACAGAAUGGAAUUCGCCAUCUCAUAAACAACACAAGGACAGAUGAGAGGGAAGUCUUCUUGGCAGCUUACAACAGGCGGCGGGAAGGCAAAGAAGGCAACGUGUGGAUCGCCAAGUCCUCAGCUGGUGCCAAAGGGGAAGGGAUCAUGAUUUCUUCAGAGGCUGGAGAGCUCCUGGACUUUAUCGAUGAGCAGGGACAAGUGCAUGUGAUCCAGAAAUACCUGGAGAAGCCUCUUCUUUUGGAGCCAGGGCAUCGCAAGUUUGACAUCAGGAGCUGGGUUCUCGUGGAUCAUCAGUAUAAUAUCUACCUCUACAGAGAGGGUGUCCUGCGGACCUCUUCCGAACCAUAUAACAGUGCUAAUUUCCAGGACAAAACCUGCCACUUGACCAAUCACUGCAUUCAGAAGGAAUAUUCCAAAAACUACGGACGGUAUGAGGAAGGGAAUGAAAUGUUCUUUGAGGAGUUCAACCAGUAUCUGAUGGAUGCCCUAAACACAACGCUUGAGAAUAGCAUCUUACUGCAAAUCAAACACAUAAUAAGAAGCUGCCUUAUGUGUAUAGAGCCUGCAAUCAGCACAAAGCAUCUUCACUACCAGAGCUUCCAGCUCUUUGGCUUUGACUUCAUGGUUGAUGAGGAGCUGAAAGUCUGGCUCAUAGAAGUCAACGGGGCUCCAGCUUGUGCCCAGAAGCUGUAUGCAGAACUCUGCCAAGGAAUUGUGGAUGUAGCCAUCUCUAGCGUUUUCCCGCUCGCUGACACUGGGCAGAAGAUGAGCCAGCCACCAUCAAUCUUUAUCAAGCUGUGAUGACCACGGGAAUGCGUCUGCUGUGCAUAGGGAGAGACUGCACCCACUGGGUCAGCACUGUUCGAUGGCGUAUCUCAGUAUCAUGCCAAAAAGUGAUAGGGACAGACUUCUUUUUUUGUUCUGGAAAAUCAUGGGGAAAAACAACAAAACAGGCACCCACAUAGAGCAGCGAUCAGCCAGAGCUGCUGAGACAAUUCUGCCUGCAUUCACCAAAAUCCACUUUAGAAACAGCUCAUGUGACUUUGAUAUCUGAAACAAAUCUCUCUGGGAGAACAGCAAAGCAACCUUAAGAUGAAACCCCAACAGGGAUACUAUAAUACUGUAUUAGCUCCUCCUUUUCUGUAGAGAUAACAUUGUGGGUUUUUUUUAAGGCGAUUGAGUGAAGAGUACGAUGGUCUUCUGGGACAUCGUAGUUGGAAAGUUUUCCUCCUCCCGCUGUGUUUCUUCUUUCCUCACCCACUGCAUAAUUAGUGCCUUAGCUCAGCUCCAAAUAGGUGACUCCUUUCCCUUGUUCCUGCUCUUUUCCAUAGAAAGGAACAAGAUCUCUUGCAUCACAGGAUGCAUAAAACCAGGAACACUGAGAAUUCAGUUUCCUGAGGUCAUUUCAAAGCUGGCUGGCUGAACACCCAGGCAACGACUGGCAAGGACGCUGUCAGAAAGGGUGCUGAACUGCAGGCGGUGAAUUAACCCAAGCAGGGAAGGCAGUUUGUUUGUUUAUAGUUAUCCCUUUUCCUAAUGAGAUUUGAAUCAGUUUCAAUCCAAGUCUGGUGCAGUUGGAUUCUGUUUGAAACAGGUAGAGAGACUCCCCUUGGGACUCACCUGCAGCCUAUAGGAUUUCUAGCACCAUUUCUGUGCUAGGAGUGUUUUGAAUAGCUGAAACCCAAUCUACUCAGCUUCUUCUGAGACAAUGCAGUGAAUUUAGGCUCUUCUCUCAGCUUUCACCUUACCACCUUUGAGGCUUGAACCUGAAACCUUUCAACCCAAAUGAUUUUUAUCCUGUUUGAUCCAGCCAAUUUGAUCCUCCCCCAUUUUACAAAUACUGUAAUUUUCUACCCUGAACACAGUCCACAGCUCAGUCGCAGCAAGGAGGAAGAUGGGUGAGAUGUUCUAGACCAGGAGGGAGAUUCCUUGUGUAUAGGUUUGCCACACAGCUGGGGCAGGCUGAUAUUUUUGUGGGGAAGUUAAAUUCCUUGAGGUCCCUGAAUUUCAGAGCUAACAUCUACUUUGAGUAUAACCUAAAUCCCUGGCAUGCCACCCAUCUUGUGAAGUUCAUCUGAAUUUUCAGUGUAAGCCAGCACACCCCUCCUAAAGUAAAGCUCUCUGCAGAGCACAGCAGCAUUUCUAGCAGCAGCUGGCUUUGUGAGUGGUGUCUGGCCUGUGCCGUGUCCCAGAUUUUUAUACAGAGAAGCAAAGUUCAACAAUUAGAUCUCUGUUCAAGAGGCUACUGUGGUGUCUGCAAAGAACUGAGUGCUCACAGAGUGCAUGUUAAAGCUCAUUUGUACAAUGGUGGUACUGGGUUUGGGGAUUCUUUCCUUGUUGCACACGAUGUGUGGAUGUACCUUAGCUCUGAGGUUACGUGGUUCAAAACAUGGUUCAGGGCGGAUUGUGCCUGCAUGAGCAGCACAGAACCAGUUCCUGGCGAGGAGGAAAGGAGAUAGAUUGCUUGAUUGAGAUCCUCACAUACUGCAUAGGAAACCAUCAUGGAAAACUGCAGCUCUGGGGAUUUGAAUUGAUUGCAGCAGGAGAGCAGACUGUGCAGCUGAGGUCAGAGCUCUGUUCUGCUGCCUCUGGCAGGGAGAGAUGGUUGGCACAGAAAUAAACUGGUUCCUGUUACCCAAAAUAAACAAACAAGAAGAGAUCGUGGAGGUUACAAGUUUCUUGCUGCCUGUGUGUAAGUGGGACGUGAGUCAAGCAGUGGGAUUUCUCCCUCGAAAGAUCCUGGAGUUGUGAUGGACUCAUCUCUGCUCAUGACCGAGAUUUGAAAGGUCUUCCUGCCAGCCUAGAGCUCUGUAAGGAGACGAUCCUGCCACUUUUCUGGAGACAGAACUGAAGUGUCCAGGCCUCCCUAGAAGAAGAUAUUUUGAUCAUGGUGUAAUGGGACGGACAUUCUUUGCAACAUGCUGUGAAUCCACACGUGGCACUACUUCACACAAGGAUGCUCAAAUCCAAGAGGGAACAGAGUGCUUAGCAAAACCCAGCAGAAGCAUUGCAGAGAGGAAGCAUCCCAAAAAGCCACACAAACACCUCUGGAGCUGUAAACACGCUGAAGUGCUGUGUGGAUCAGCAUCUGCACAGCAUGUGACAGGCACAAGGUGCACUGGUGCACUCUGAGAAGUGACAAGGAGCAGGAGCAUUUUAAUAUGUGAAAACAGGGCUUUUUUUUCCUCUGCUGCGUGCAGAAGAGGCCUGGACUGUGAGUGCUAGUGGGUGGGUUUCUUUCUAGAGAGAUCCCAAAUGCCAGGUCUGGCCUCUGACUUUGGACCUUGGGUGUAUUCCGAAGAGGUGCUGUGAACUCUUCAGUUCAUGAGUCAGGAGGCAGUGGGGAAGUAGUGAAUCAUAAGCUGGUAGAGAGAGGGCUAUAGGAGGAGGACUGGUUGGGUUUUAGUAACCUUAUGGUGGCACAUAGGCAUCAAAACUUCCAUGCAGACCGGGCAAAGCGUAGUGGUAGCACUCCAAAGUAAAAAAGUAGGCCAUGAUGGCUGUUUAACUCAGCUUGCAAAGCUGACAGUUCACCACAUCUCCAUUGGCAUUUCCAGGGUAUCUUUAAAUUAGCUUAACCUAACAUGAGCUUAAAAAUACUUCCCCCCCCCCCCCCCCCAGCAAAGGCAGGAUCAAAUAGCAGUCACCCUGGUCCUGGAUGUACAUGAGGUGACAGGACACAUUGCACUCUCUCAAGCUCUAGAGCAGCCCAGAGCACAGCUGCUAAGUGCGUGAAGUGAGAAAAAAAUUUCCCCAUCAUAAAGAAAUGAAAAACGCACCAGCCCUGGGGCACUAAACCCAUCUUUCUUUUCCACUCAAAAGGGAAAUUCAAAAAUCAGAUUGUUCCCUUUCUUAGUGUACAGGUCCAUGCUGAAGUAGUGGCAUGAGGCCAGGAAAGCAGCCUGGAUGCAGGAGAAAGCAGCGGCCUUCACUGGAGCAGCUGAUAAAGCCAGGAGAAGUACUGACUCAGGAACCUCUGCCAAACUCCAAGGCCUUUUCUUCCCCCCUGUUGCAUCUCGGGUUGCGUUGUGGUACGUCACCAACUGGCUAUUAGUGCUGCUCAGCUAAAACCAGGGCUUCGACUUGAUGGUAGAGCCGUGACCACAGGUGAUGCAGCUGUUUAUAACCUGCCCUAUCAACUGGGUUUCGGGGAGAUAGUGAUUCAGGGACACUAAUCAUCGGUAGGUUUGCUGAAUUCUUAAAAAUAAGCUACAGCCUCAGGAGGAAAAUGGCAGGUACUGUUUGUGACUACCACCUGCCCUCAAAGCAUUCCUCGAGGUAGAGCACAGAGGUAAAUGACAGAGGACAGACAGCAUAGUGCCUAAGGUCUUGUCCAAUAUAUUAGCCAAGCAUAUAUUAGAUGUGUGUACGGCUGAGGCCUGAGUGUUGCAGCCGUGGGUGCAUCUUGCAAGUGAUGCUUACAAACCCUCGUGAGACUUUCUUUUUUUAGAAAAAUGCAAAAAAAAAAUGUGUUCUACCUUAUUCCAGCUAAAAGGUCGAUAGAAAAGGUCUUGCCCUCUUUCCUAAGCUUUUAUAAAGGAUGGUGCUGGGUUUCAAGAAGAUACCUGCCAUACUGCAGAAUGUCUCUAGUCUUAGCUCUGUCCCUUCCUGUGGGCUACGAAGGAUUUCAGACCCAGGUGCUCUGGUGGGUUUCCAGCAGGGUCUGGUCCAGCUGGGCCCUGGGUUUCAGUUAAUUCCCCAAUCACUUGUCUCAUGCCAGGUUAGUUGUGACUGCCAUGCAACUGCUGUUGUGCUCCCAUGAAAUCCAGCGGCCAGCUGCAGCCCACAAAAAAACUCUGGAGAAGCCUAAGAAGGACUCAGCAGCCAUUUCACCCGGCUUCUGCACCCCGUUGUGACUGACGCCCUUCAGGACUGCUUGCAUGUCCCUGGUCUCAGCAUUUCAUGUUCUCCACGUGCAGCUGUCCCCCCGGGGAGCCCUGCUGUGCCGUCCGUGGGUUAGUAACCAUGUCUCAUUACCCAUGUCAGCUCCCACAGGCCACGGAGAGCGGCGGCGGUGCUGGCCGCUCCCACGUCAGCAUGCGCGUGUGGGGCCGGCGGGGCUCCCUGUCCCACGCUUCUCCAGCAGCUGCGUCCACGUCUGUCCUCGGCCACCAUUAAACGAGCUGAUCUCA